AUGAUCUCUUCCAAUGGCUUGAUCUGCUUCACUAAUUGCUUACUGCCCUUGGAGGAUGGCAGUCUCGUUCAGAGAGACCUCUGGAUCGAUGAGCGGCGAGGUACCAUCUUAGAUGCACAGCGUACAUUUUUCCUCAGGAAGGAGAGGCCUGAUCGAGUUAUCGAUCUGAAGGGAAAUGUUCUGAGCCCGGGGUUCAUGGAUAUUCAGAUCAACGGAGCUUAUGGGUUCGACUUCUCUGUUUAUGAUGGAGACGAUGAAGCGUACAGGCAAGGCUUGAAGACGAUCGCGGAGAGGAUUGUGGAGACCGGUGUCACCUCCCUCGUCCCAACCAUCAUUACCCAAGAGAAGUCUCUCUAUCCCAAGCUUUUGCACCUGCUUCGCCCACUGUCCCUUGCGAAUUCGGCAGCCCUUCUCGGAUGGCAUGCGGAGGGACCGUUCAUCCAACUUGCCAAGCGCGGCGCUCAUGCACCCCAGUUUCUUGUUCCUGCCCACGAACGCUUCGCAUCUUUUGAGGCCGUAUAUGGUACAGAUAAUCUGGCUGAUCAGGAGGACUGGCUCAUGGCGGAGGGAAGUGACGUCGACAGCGUUGGCGUGCGGAUUAUCACUGCCGCUCCAGAGAUCGAUGGUGUCAUGCCCGCCGUAGACGAGCUUGUCAAGCGUGGUGUCGUGUUCUCGAUCGGGCACAGCAUCGCAACGACCGACAUCGCCACGCACGCCGUUCAACAGGGCGCGCGUCUCAUUACGCAUCUCUUCAAUGCCAUGCCCCAAUUGCACCACCGCGACCCGUCCAUCAUCGGCCUCCUCGGCGCGUCACCCCAUCUCUCUGUUCCAUUCGCUCUUCCACCCAGUGGCUCGAGCUCUGUGUCGCACUUGCGCGGAGGAUCGCUUAGCCGGCGCCUUGGUACGAAGUCCGCGCAGGCUCUGCUCGAGAGCCCGAAGCCCACCUCGGAAGCAUUCGAUGAUCUAGAGACACCACCUCAGACACCGCUCUUGCGCGCCACAACCUCUGACCUAUCCCUCGUGAAGGGCAAAGCAGCAGAUAUGGCCUUCGAGCGGCCAUUCUACGAGCUCAUCGUCGAUGGAAUACAUUCCCAUCCAAAUUCAGUCCGGCUUGCGUACUCGGCCUAUCCAGAGGGAUGCAUCCUCAUUACAGAUGCGAUGAAGAUUCUCGACCCUCACCUCAAGGACGGCGUGCAUGAAUGGCGUGACGGCAAGCGGUUCGUGAAAGAGGGCGACAAGCUCUACCUAGAAGGCACGGACACGCUCGCGGGAAGUGUGGUCACGCUGGACAAGUGUGUCCGCAACUUCUCGCGCUUCACGGGUUGCUCGCUUGGCGAGGCAAUUAAAUGUGCCACGUUCAACCCAGCGAAGUGUCUUGGAAUUGAAAAUAAGAAAGGAACCUUGCGUCCUGGUGCAGAUGCCGAUCUCGUCGUGCUCGAUCGCCAGGGCAAUGUCCUCAGCACCUGGGUCAAAGGCCAAGAAGUUUGGAAGAAGGACUAG